ACUUAAUAAGUUAAUCAUUGAGAGAUGAAAGAACAUUAAAAAAACAGUCAAGACGUUUGGAGGAGCACAGUUAUAUAUACAUUUCUAAACAGCACAGUAUUUCAGCAUUUGUCUUAGGAUAACCAGGAAAAUGUUAAGAUGAAUUUGAACAUUUUAUGUAUUUUAAUGAUGCCUUAAUUUCUUCAAUAAUUUAUGGAAAUGAAAGACUAUAAUUAAAAAAGUUAUUUAUUAUUAUUAUUAAAAAUUUGUUAUUUUCCAUAAUCCUCACACUGCUUUUAUCUUUCUUUUUAAUAUCAUUAGCAAUAUAUAUUUAGCCCUCGCACAGUUUUAUUUUGCCCUAAAAUAACUCCAACACAACAUAUGGACACACAGACAGACAAUCACACAACAGUAUUUAUUGAGCUUUAAAUUCACCGUGUUCUUUUCCCUGAAGUUUAAUUGCACCUGUUAACAUGACCAAACCAGUUCUGGUCACUAUAUGUCCACUCAUGCACCAACCGGUUAAUUAUUUACCAGUUUAAUUGAUAUGUCCACAAGGGUCUCUCUCUCUCUCCCCCUUUCUCACACACACUCAGAACACAUGCACAUACAAGGAGAGGUGAGAGAGGUUUUGGUGUCCUAGUAAAUGUGGCGCAGUCUGUCAGUAAUGGAGGUGCUACAUCUAUAUGCUGCAUUCGUGCUUCUUCGGAGUUGGGUGUCUGGUAUACUCAUUACUAAAGAUGCACACGUUACAUGUCUAUUCUACGAAGACUGUGUGUUACCCUGCAGUUUCAGGCCUACUGGGGCUGUGGUUAUCCACUGGUACAAACAACAGAUCCCCGUCCACAGCUACUACUACAAUAAAGACCAAUACGGACUUCAGAACAAACACUUCAGUGGACGGACAAACCUGUUUAACUCUCAGAUCGCGCAGGGAAACGCCUCGCUGGUGCUGAGGAAAGUUAAGGUCCAGGAUCAGGGGAGAUAUAAGUGCUACACCAGCACCAAGAAGGGAAACCAGGAAACCUUUGUUAACCUAGGGGUGAAAGCCCUAAUUCAAUUUGUGAAGCUUGAGAUGGUGGAGGACAGGGUCACAUGUUUGUCCCAGAACAUCUAUCCAGCUCCUGAGGUCACCUGGGCCACUGAACCUGCUAGUGCUAUCAGAAGCCUCCAGAACGUGACUCGUAAAACAUCAGACACCAAAGGUCUCUUCACCGUGGAGAGCACCAUCAACAUGACGGGCAACAUCUCUGACCACACAUACUUCUGCUCUGUUGUCUCAGCAGAUGGAGCGCAGGUCUGGACCGCAUCACUGAAACACCAAGAUGAGUUGUUUGGUGAAGAAGGUGCCGGACUCAUGGUCCCCUGCGUGGUGCCUCAACCUCGCCACAAUUUUACCCUUACUUGGUCUUUCAUCAGAAGCACAGAAUCCACCGUCAUCUUUAACUACGACAGCCGGACUCGCCGGAUCGCUAACUUGUGGGAAAGUAAAGCUGAAUUAGACAUAGAUCAGGCUCAUCUAGGCAACGGUUCUCUUUAUCUGCUUAACCCAGAGAGCUUGGGACACUCUGGUGUUUAUUUGUGCACAUUUUAUGGCUUUCAAAUGAGACACCAGGUUCAAAUACCUGUCAACGUUACAGUUCGACUAUCAGAUGAUGGUGAAUAUGACUGUAGGAGGUCGUGGUGGGGGACUGCUGCAUCUGUCUUCAUAUUUCUCAUCACUAUAUCUGUAGCCCUCUCACGAUGCUUUAGGAUGAGAGGUGAACGACCUGUACAAACCCAUUCAGAAGUCCAUAAAAGAAUCAAAAGACAUGGCAACACAACUGGUCAAAUCAGACACAGGCACAACGGUUUAGAUUCUGUACAGACAGAAAUUCCCAAAGCACCAUCUAAAACAACUGAACAACUUGAAGCACAUGCUGAAAAUGAUCUAACACCUACAUCAACAGAGCGAAAUACCUGCUUGGUUACGGGUGAUUUGUCUUUAUCUGACACAUCAUUGGAAAACAAUGAAUCCAGAUCACAAACACCAACGUAUGGCAUCAUAACUCUGUUCACAGAUAUAAUUACAGAAGCAGGUGAUAAUGAAGAAAUCGAGAAACAUGAACUUGCUCCUGAUAUAUCUGAUUCACAUCAUUCAGAAGAUGGCAUAGAGAUGGACUGUACAGUAACUCAAAACAAUGAUGUGUCGGCAAUGCCUGAACACUCACAGAUAAAUGGCUUCAGGUGAUUGAUCUUUACUGAAUUAUUUUAUUGGUGCUGGAUAAUUAUAUUAAAGGCGGGGUGCAUGAUCUCUGAAAGCCAUUGACAUUUGAAAUCACCUAAACAAACACGCCCCUACCCCAAUAGAAUCUGGACCUUUUUUUGAUAGACCCACCCCACACAUACGCAACCCAGGCAACGAUGUCAGUUAGUAGACACGCCCCUUACUGCUGAUUGGCUACAAGUGUGUUUUGGUACUCGGCCCGACUCUCUUUUCCAAAGCGUUUCUCAAAAAUCAUGCACCCCACCUUUAACUCGAUUUCAAUUUUCAUUCCUGAAAUAUAUGCAGUAGUUGAGUAAAUAAUGAUGCUGGGGUUUUGAAGAAUAGUCAAACAUGCUAACAUGUUGUCAAAACGUUUGUUUUUCCAAACUCAAAUGUCACUUUUAGUCCAGUAAGGUUUUAUUAUAGGUAUUAUGUUGUUAUAAUUUACAUUUCUUUAUGCUCAUAGACCUACAAAUUAGACAUUUGAAAUGACAUUUACAUUUUUUUUUUUGAACUAUGUUCAUUUGUGAAUUAUUUAUCUCUGUUUUAAAAUGUUUAAGAUUAAGACUCAUUCUUACAGUUAUGUGACUUAUGUGAGAUGCAUGAAUAAAUAAAGUUCAAAACAGAGGAAUGGGAGGGGUGUGA